AUGGGAACCAAUACAUGGACCGAAUCAAAACCUGCACACUUUUCCCAAGUAAAUUAUAAGUAUAAACAGGAUUCCGACUCGGAGUCAGACUCCGAUUCAGACUCAAGUUCUGAUUCUGAAGAUGAACAGCCUACUCAUAAGCCAACAAGGAAUGGAAUAUUUAACACUGUUAAUGGUCGGAGUAAUAGUGAAGAACAAAAACAUCCCUUAGGCCCAAGGCCUAAGUUUACAAGAGGAAGUGCUUUUAAAAUUCCUGAACCUAAACAAGAAUUUACUCCCAAACACCAUGAUUUUAGUCCAAAACAGACUCCAAAUAAAGGAUUCGGAAUGUUUCCAGGGCAUGGACCAGAAAUAGGUUUAAAAGGUAAACCACACAAAGAGUAUGAUCCUGGAGCUAAGAAAGUACAUGGAUUAUCUUCAUUUGAUCAAGAAUUAAAAUCUUCAUUUAAGGAUGACUUUGAAAGUAGAGGUUUCCCGGAAGGCCCGGGACCUACGCUAAAAUUUACUGACGUGGGUAAACAGGUUUUUAGAAACUUUAAAGAUUUAACGGCGCCGAAACAUACAUUUCACCCGCAUCAGGCACAUACCUUUAAAAAUGUGACUAUUGAAAGAGAUAGUGAUGUAUUGGAUUUGAGACAAAGAAAUGGCGUUUUAAGCGCAAAGUUCAAGCUUGAAACUUUAGAUGAAAACUCAAUAAGUUUGUUGGACCAUCUCUCAAAGAACACAGCAAGUUGUACAGUUAAGUGGGUGUCACUUUCUAAACAAAAAAGUAGAGGACAAAUUCACUUGGAUUGUAAUUUCGAUGUUAAAGCCGAUGGAUUUCCAGGAGAUGUAAUGUUUUAUUUAGUUUAA